UCUCCUUCGAUCGAUCUCUGUGAUGUGUCGCAAAAGUAGAAAGGACGAAAUCUUGUCGGUAUUUCCGCGUGUUUUGGACAGUUCUCGCAAGUAAGCCUUAUCAGGUUUUUUUAUCGAUCUGCCUGAUUGACCGUUUCCUUUUCUAACAAUUAUACGCGGUGCAGAUAUUCGGUUUUUCAAAAAGAGAGACAAGGGUCACCACCUGCCACGCACUCGUGUGCAACUCAACGAAACGUGGCGACGAUGUUGAGUCUGCCGAGGAAUUUUUCAAGGGAGUGUAUCACGUGUAAGAUCAAUUCUGCUUACAACCUUGAAUGCCUAAGUAAAAAGUUCAAAGUGCACCCAGUGUGGGUCGAGUGAGACGCAUAAGCGAUCGCAAGUACGGGUGUGACAGACGCGGUCUCGCGAGCCAACAAUGCGGUGCUGUUCCGUUAUGGUGCUACGUGUCCUUCGUUCCGGCGCGUUCAAGGAAUUCCUAUGAGACGACCGGUCAUUGUCAAGGUCAUAUACGAUGUCAACACAGCUAAGCAUGCAGGAUAAGAAGGACUUGGAGAAGUUUACGAAGUACCUGGCACUAAGAGCCGCCCAGAUUAUCGUACAGUCGAGAUCGGGCCAGAAAGUCAACACCACGUGCAGACCGGAUUCUUCGGCCGGCGAUUGGGUAAAAUUUAAUCUGGCAAUAAAAGAACUACCGGAUGUCUCAGCUGAUGCUAAGAAGGCACUUUGUGGAGAGAUAGUAAGUUCUACUGUACCUCUCUGCAUAGAAAUCUCUCUGAAAACAGUGGAAGGUGACAAGAUGAUUUUGGAAACUUGGAGCCUCGGCGUUUUGCCGGAACAGAGCGAUUCGACAGUGCGAAUAACGUAUACUGUAUAUAACAGAAUGGGGAUCUUGUUAAAAUCUUUGCUUUCCGUGUCAAGAGUCACACCUGCUUACAAACUGAGCAGGCGACAAGGACCCGACGCUUACACGAUGUGCUAUCGAAUAUAUAUGGGAGAGCCUCAGCUACAUAACUUAGGCGAUAAUUAUAAACAUGUAAGAGUAGGUCAAUUGUGUACUCCAGUAGGUACCAUACAAUUAUCAGUCUCUUACAGAACAAAAAUGACCAUAUCACCCACUCAUAAAGGACGUGAUUCUAUCAUGCUUAAGAGUGAUCAUUUUCAUUCGGAUUUAAGUCCACGUCAUGCACGGUAUCAACAAAGCGAGGAAACGUCGAAGUCUCUUAGCGAUACCAUCAAAGUUGGCGCAUUUGUAAUAAACAAGCCUGUCAUCGUUAACGAGGAGGAUCUGGUGAUACCAGAUGUACCAUUCAGUUCCCUAUUGACACCUAAACAAACGUCUCCUCCUCCGGUGUCACUAGUAGAUCCUAUAAAUACAAAGACUGCAGCUACCGCAACCGAUAGCAACAACGGAAAUAACGAAAGACUUAGUAAUGAUAAUACAACUUCAAAAUGCGCCUCUCAAAACGGAUCUAGAAGGAGUAGUUGUUCAAUGACUAGUGCCAACGAUGAUUUUAUUAUGGUAGAUUUGAAAACGCCUUUCGCAGUCACGAACACUAAUAGCGACGUGGGAGCGUUUUAUCGGGAAUGUCAGAGCGCUCCGCAAUUGCAAGCCUUCAUGGAAGAAAGAACGCUUGCGGAACAACUGGGAGAUCUUACGAAACAAUUGGAAACAUUCGAAACUAAUAUACAACACUACGAGGACAUUCUGACAUCAUUGUGUCAGACCGAGAAUAAUAAUUAAAGCUGAAUUUUGCUGGUCUCUGCUUUCAAACAGAGACUCGAUUAUAUUCACUGUUGCUAUCGUGUUAAACAUUAAAGUCUUUUUUUAUCGCCUUGUCGUUUAUAUAUAAGGACAUUAAUAAAUUAUUGUUUUUUGCAUCGAGUAA